AUAAAAGGCUACGCUUGUCCGGAUUUGGUAUCUAGUUGUCUGCAGCUGAUCACAUCACAAACACUUCAGGAUGGGCACUUGGAUAUGGCUUCUGGCUCUCGUCGUCGUCGCGGCCGGUGCCCCGCAAAAUGCACAAUUUAAGAAACAAGCUGGGCUGGUCCCAUCCAUUCAGCUUCCCGUUAGUUCAGCAGCUACGAAUACUGUUCGUUUGGAGGCACCACAGGCUUUUCAGGCACCUGGUGGAAGUGUAGCAAUAACAACCAGUGCCCCUUCACCGACGAAGGUCAACCAAAAAAGACAACUUCCUGGGAUAGGAAAUUUCGGCUUUAUUGGCCAUAGCAUUCCAGCUCAACCGCUUAGAUUCCCGUCUCCCGGUGUAGCACCUAUUGGACAUGGCCAAAAUGCCGCGCUGGGCUUGCUACCGUCAAAUUCAAACAUCGAAAACAGAAUCAGUGUGGAUCCUGGUACGGCACAUUUCGGGAAUUUAGCUGCCCCUGAUUUGCACCACGCUCAAAAACGACAUCACCUUGGGAAUUAUCAACACCAUGCAAGUCACAGUCAUAAAAGUGAUCAUCAUCAUGGUCAUCACCAUAGCGCAAAACAUCAGCAUCACGAAGAUCAUAAGCAUAAAUCGAGUCAUGGUCAUAAGCAUGGACAUCAGCAUCAUGAAGAUCACAAACACGAGGAAGACCAUAAGCAUAAGCAUGGCCACGAUCAUAGCCACAAACACGGUCACGAUCACGAUCACAAACAUAAGGGUGAACACGAGCACCAUCAUGGUCACGAACAUCACUCAAAACAUGAGCACCACGAAGAACACAAGCAUCAUGGUGAACAUCAUCACCACCACAAGCAUGCUCAUCACAAUGAGCAUCAUCAUCAUCACGAGCAUCAUCAUAUCAACGAGCACCACCACCACCACAGCCACAAGGAAACGGAGACCCAUCACCACCAUCACGGGCAUGACCAUAAAGAAGAUCAUAAACACGAUCACGAGGAAAAACACGAUCAUAAACAUGGGCAUGAGCACAAACAUGGCCACGAAGAAGAACACAAGCACGAUCAUCAUGAAGACCAUCAUCAUUCUCAUCACCAGGACCACAAGCAUGGCCACCAUGAAGACCACAAGCAUAGUCAUCAUGAAGAACACGGUCACAAGCAUGGCCAUGAUCAUAAACACGAUCAUCAUGAAGAACACGAUCACAAGCAUGGUCAUGAUCACAAACAUGACCAUCAUCAAAAACACGAUCACAAGCAUGGUCAUGAACAUAAACAUGAUCAUCACGAAGACCACAAGCAUUCCCAUCACGAGAAUCACAAGCAUGGCCACAAUCAUAAGCAUGAUCACGAGCAUCAGGAAGAGCACGGUCAUCAUGGGAAUCAUCACCAUAAGCAUAGUGAAGUGGAAUAUCAUAAACACCACGGCGGUCACAAACACUUUGGCCAUCACUUUGGAGAGUCAAAAGCCUACGAAGAGUACGCUUUUGCUGAAGAAAGUGCUCCGGCAGCUGCAUCAUCGAUUGUGUUUGGAAUUCUUAGUAAAGAUGAACCGUCCACAGAAGGUACAGCUGUAAAUGACCCUCCGGAAUUGCAUCCAGCAGCUACCGUCAUACAAGUAUAG